CUUUGUUUUCAGAAACAUUUGGCCUCACUAUUGAAAAAAUGCAAAAAUAUAUAAUCAGCAUUGAGAGCAGACUAAGAGCUAUCAGCUCUGAGCAAGGCAAAGUAACUGCAGACGAUGGCAUGGAAAUUUUAGAUAAAUAUUUACCUUUGACAUCCACCCAGGAAGUGGAGCAAUUUGAUAAAAUGAUGGAGAAUGACCACUUCAAAAAUAUUUAUGUCCAGUUUAUCAAGCGCAUUGGAGGGCGCGAUUUUAAAGACCACGUGAAUAGAUCACUUCCAAGAAUAUUCACAAAUGAACUGGGCAAAGAAUGUUCCUAUGUCGGAUUAAGAGGAAAUUAUAAAUUGCAAAACUUCAAUUUCAUCCGAGCUUUUAUAGAGACUAUAAUGGUUCAGAACUCGAGUACCCUACAUAAUGUAGAAAAAUGUGUGGGAGAGUGGUUCAGGUUGUCUAAUCAACGACAUAAGAGAAUGGAAAAAAUUCAAAACAAUGAGUUGAAAUGUUUUACACGAAAUUUAAAUUAG